GGCCUAACUUGGAGUUCUUCAAUUUUAAAUAAUCACUUUUGUUUGUUGUUUUCCAUUACACAUCAGAAAUGGCUGGAGAAACAGAAAGGUGGUUAUGUUCAGAGCUUGCAAAGUUUGGUUUAGCAGAAGAAAAUGCCCAAUAUGUUUUGUCUAUGGAUGAUGUUAAUGACAGAAAAGAAUACUUGCAAGGAGUUCUAGACUUUUCAGAUUCUCAUGUUAAAAAUUUCUUUGAUGAGUUAAGCAAACGCUUUGUUAUUAAAUCAAAUCAUAAUAUGCAGGUUUAUCAAAAACAAAAAGAUAUAGAGUUUGUUGGGAAGCCAAAAUCUAAAAAGAAGCAAAAAUUACCACCAAAUGACUUGUCUACCUCUUCCAGUAAUCAAGCAAUACAAAAACCCCAAGUCUUUCAAGAAAUAAAUGGUUUUUCAACUGCUUCGAAUUUUAAUGCUGAAAUAGGAGUUGGCGCCAAAAAGAAAACUAAGUUUGUUCCAUUAUUCAGUACAGAGGGACAGGCCAAGUCAGUUGUUCAGUUGCCUGGUCGACACAUAUGUGAAUGUCAAUCAGCAAAGCACAAACUAAUUAACAACUGCAUACAGUGUGGACGUAUUGUAUGUGAGCAAGAGGGUGCUGGCCCGUGUGUGUUUUGCGGUGCACUUGUUUGUACUCCUGAAACACAACAGUUAAUUGAUAGUGGAACUAAAAAGGGGGAAAAAGUGCGUCAAAAACUAAUGAAUGGUGGAGGUCUUCCAGCUCAUUUGAAUGUCGAGGCAGAGAGCUCUUCGUUGUUUCCUGUCAUUAGGCAUUCUAAACAAGAAUUUGAAAAAGCUGUUCAGCAUAGAGAUAAACUUUUAGAGUUUGAUAAAAACAGUGUCAGAAGAACUCAGGUGAUAGACGAUGAAAGUGAUUACUUUGCGACAGACUCUAACCAGUGGCUAAGUAGUGAAGAUAGAGAAAAACUUCGUAAACGUGAUGAAGAGCUCAGGAAAUCACGCCAUGGUUCUAGACUAGAAAAGAAAUUUACCUUUGACUUUGCUGGGAGAAGAAUUAUUGAGACAGAAGACGACAGUGCUAAAAAAAUGUACAGCUUGGAAGACUCUAUAGUUCAGCAGGUGCACUAUGGAAAGGUUGCUGCUCAAAACACCCCAGAGUUUCACAACAAAGAUUUUCAGCCAUUGAAGUUUUUGGAAACCAAUGAACCCGGUCGCAGCAUCAAGCAACCUCUUGAGUCUGGCUUCAAGAAAGCUGUGAGUAGGAUUCAGGAUAAAGAACUGCAGGAAAUGUCUGAUGAAGGAAUGUGUUUAAGCAUGCACCAGCCUUGGGCGUCAUUGCUAGUUGCUGGCAUCAAGAUGCAUGAAGGAAGAGGCUGGUACACUGCUCACAGGGGCAGGCUUUGGAUAGCAUCCACAGCUAAGACCCCUUCGUCUGAUGAAAUCAAGGAGCAUGAGAAUAUCUAUCGUCAUAUCUAUAAUGAUGCUUCAAUAGAAUUCCCCAGUAGUUACCCAACUGGCUCCCUACUUGGGUGUGUUAAUGUUGAUGACUGUCUUUCUCAGGAUGAAUAUAGAGAACAGUUCCCCAAUGGAGAGUCUUCAUCUCCUUAUGUUUUUAUCUGCUCCAACCCUAGACAGUUGAUUGUCAAAUUUCCUAUUAAAGGCAAGCAUAAAAUAUAUAAAUUAGAGCAAAACAUUCAUCAAGCUGCUAAAAAGGGAAUUAGGUAGCAGUAAUCCAAGUUUCUAUGGAUAUCUGCUACAAGAUUUUACAAGAGAUGUUUUUUUAAACUGUAAGAAAAUCAUCAUAAAACAAAUAACUUAUUGUGAUUCACACUGUACCCACUAGGCCUAUCUGACCUAAUAAAGUCAACAUUAUUUAUGCUAUCAA